ACCCUAAUUUCAUUACUCAACAAAACAGAAACAAAAAUCCAAUCGUAUCGUUAUUCGUUUUUCUCUUCUCCUCAUGGCGCCAAUUUCAAGAACUCUCGAAAUCACAGUGAUCUCAGCCGAAGAUCUCCACCGUCAUCGGAAACCGAUAACGAAAAACUCAUUCGCUUCCGUCAAAAUCGACUCUCAGAAUCUCGGCAGCACUCAUAUCGACGACAAAGGCGGUAGCUAUCCUCUCUGGAACGACAGAUUAGCGUUGAAAUUGCCGUCGACUGUAAGUUUCAUGACUAUUGAUGUGCAUUCUGGAAAUUUCUCCAGACAUAAGAUCGUCGGUACUGUCAAUAUUCCGGUAUCGGAUUUUUUAAGUGGUUUCUUGCCGGAAAGUUAUCUGCAUUUUUUGAGUUACCGAUUGAGAGAUGGUAAAGGUGAGAGAAAUGGGAUUGUUAAUAUUUCUGUGAGAGUUUUGGUGCAUGAUCAUAAUGUUGCUGCUUCCACCUCCUCUUCACAAUCGCAAAAUGUUAAGAUUCCGGAGGAGAAAAGUAAUAUCGGCGGCGGCGUUGCGAUCGGAAUCCCUAUUUGGAGUGGUCAUCGUAUUUGAUUUGACGAACGCGCGUAGGUUUAGAUUUAGCUAAGCUACCGUUGAUUUUUUUUUUUCUUUUCGUUAUAUGUAAAUUCCAAUUAAAUGAAAAUAGUACAAUUAAUUUUAAUUCUUUUACAAAAUAUUCCAAAAAUUACAAUAUAUAAAAAUGUAAUGGUAAUUAUGAUAAAUAUAUAGU